AUGAUCAUAGUACUGCUUUCCACUCUGUUUUAUUUGAGAAGGCGAAGGCAAAUUAGAAAGGAAGAAGAGUACCUACUUGACUUAAUGACUUCAGAAGAUGCAAGUGACGUAUCAGAACUUCAAACUGGAAACAAUGGUCGUAAUCUAAUCAUAUAUACAGCAGGUUUAAUCAUGUCUGCUAAAAAUGGCUUCUCACCAGAUAAUUUGCUUGGAAAAGGUGGCUUUGGAGGUGUUUGCCAACCGCCCCAUAAAGAUCUGAAGUUGAGUAACAUAUUGCUUGAUGAAAACAUGAACCCCAAGAUAUCAGAUUUUGGGUUGGCCAAGAUAGACAUAACGAAUGCAGCUGGAUCAAAUACGAAACAGGUUGUCGGCAGAUAUUACAUGUCUCCUGAAUAUGCAAUGGAAGGCAUAUUCUCUGAAAAAUCUGAUGAUUACAGUUUCAGAGUUAUGGUUUUGGAAGUUGUCAGUGGUCAGAAAAAUAGCAACCAUUUUGAGUUUGAUCGUCCACUUAACCUGGUUGGAUACGAACUAUGGAAACAUGGUGGAGCAUUACAAUUAAUGGAUCCGGCUUUAAGUGAUUCAUGUUUUAAACGAUACCAAGUUUUAAGAUGCAUUACAUUGAGUCUGCUAUGCGUGGAAGAUAAUCCAUUGGAUAGGACAACGAUGUCUGAUGUUAUCUCUGUGCUAAUUGGAAAGAUGCAAUUGGCAUUGCCAAAACAGCCUGCAAUAAGGAUUGUAGAAACAUAUAUAGAGAGCAAAGAGGUGGAAAUUUACUCAUUGAACGGCCUAACCAUGUCUACCAUGGAUGCAAGAUGA